AUAUUUAGAAUUGCAGCUGCGAUGGCUACCUCGUUGAAAUUUCCAAAAGAUUUUAAAUUUGGUGUGGCCACGGCAUCUUACCAAAUUGAAGGAGGAUGGAACGCAAAAGGAAAAGGGGAGAGCAUCUGGGAUUAUCAGACGCACACGUUUCCGCACAAAAUCUCUGAUAAAAGUAACGGGGAUGUAUCGUGCGAUUCUUACAAUAAACUGGAUGAAGAUAUCAAGAAUCUCAAGCAGCUUAAAGUCCGCAUGUACAGGUUUUCGUUGUCUUGGCCCAGAUUGUUGCCAAGUGGAUUUGCAAAUAACAUAAACGAAGACGGAGUCCGUUAUUAUAAUGAACUUAUUGAUAAACUAAUUGCAAAUGAUAUUGAACCAAUGGUAACUUUGUAUCAUUGGGACUUGCCGCAAAGCAUCGAGAAUUUAGGAGGAUGGACGAGUAGGGCUAUAGUCGAUUAUUUCGGAGAUUACGCGAGAAUUUGUUACGAGUUGUUUGGGGAUAGGGUGAAAAAUUGGAUAACCAUCAAUGAACCGUACUCGAUUUGCGAAUGGGGCUACGGGGAUGGUACUAUGGCUCCGUAUUACAAAUCCAUGGGUAUUGGAAGUUACGCAAGUGGACAUAACGUAAUCCUUUCGCACGCUGCAGCCUACAACAUUUACAACUCUGAGUUCAGAUCUAAGCAAAAGGGUCGUGUAGGAAUCACAGUCGAAACGUCCUGGUUGGAAGCCGAUUCUGAUACCAAAGAAGAUCACGAAGCUGCAAAUAGGAUGAUUCAGAUGUAUUUCGGAUGGUUUCUUCAUCCCAUCAUCAAAGGUGAUUAUCCACCAGUGAUGAGAACGCAAGUCGAUAAGAAGAGUAAAGAGCAAAACUUCCCUCGAAGUCGUUUACCUCGCUUCAGCGCAGAGGAGAUUUCGCAGAUCAAAGGAACUAUCGACUUCUUAGGUUUGAACCAUUACACCACGUUCAUGGUGAAAAAUGGUUCAGUUGGUCAGGUUCCUUCUAAUUACAACGAUAUGGAAGCUACCAGGUACCAGAAGUCAGAAUGGAAGCAUUCGGCUCGGGAAAUCUUCAAGCUAGUUCCUUGGGGUCUGCGAAAGUUACUAGUUUGGGUGAAAAACGAGUACGAAAACAUCGAAGUUAUCAUAACUGAAAAUGGAUAUGCGGGAUUGGAGAAAGAAACGACUGAAGAUUUGGAUAGAAUCGAAUAUUACAACCUAUACCUGAAAGAAGUUCUGAAAGCGAUUCACGUGGAUAAAUGUAAUAUCACUGGGUACAUGGCAUGGAGCUUCAUGGAUAAUUUCGAAUGGUCUGAUGGAUACACAUUACGCUUCGGAAUGUAUUACAUUGACUUUAAAGAUCCCAAGAGAGAGAGAAAACCAAAAAAGUCUGCUUUCGUUUAUCAAAAUAUUAUCGUCACGAAGGUAAUCGAUGAGAAUUUGCUUCCAAAUACAUUCCUACAUUAAAAAUAACUUCACAAAAUGUAGAAAUCCAAUAUUUUUUUGGAUCCAUAACAUUAAGAUGUACUGUUUUUAUAAAGAUCAACAUUGUUCAACAAAUUUUGUAAUAAGCUUAUGGAAAUAUUCAUGUAAUUGUUUACCAAAAUAUCAUAGCUAUAAAUAAUAAUUUCAGUUAACAACAGUAAUAUAAUAAGCAAAAAUAAGAAAGUAGCCAAAAUAUCAAAAGUAACAGAAAAUAGAGGAUACAGUUUAACUGUAGGCUAAAAUUCCAGUAUUUUCAUGUUUUGAAAGUUGAAUUAUUUUUUUAUUUGCUAAGGUAUCUUUUUAAAUUUUUGAAUA